GAGAGUUAGACAGAGAGAAAGCGAGAGAGAGGACUAACAGAGAGGAUAAAGAGGUUGAGUAGAAAGCACCUCGGCACUUGAACAGGGCUGCUGCCUGCCCCGCUUCCCGGUUUCCAUGCCGACGUGGAGGGUUGUGCAGUUGGAGCAUGCUCAGUAGGGCUCCCUUCCCUUGCCUGUGACAAUAGCCAGGCAGAGAGAGGGCUGGAGUAUUCACACACACAUACACACACGCUGCUAGAGGAGAGAGCAGAGGAGAGGGUGUCUGCCUACCUGCUGUACUAAACUGAACUCAUAGGGACGGCUAUACGCACUUACAACAAAGGCCAGGACUGUCUGGGUAUCUGGAUGCUGUAAUCUCUAGACUAGACACACUGUUGUUCUUCACUGAAGACAGGCUGUGAAGAAACCAAAGAGGCUGUGUGUUUGGGAUGGAGCCAAUGACCAGGAGGCUAAACUGAAGGAGAACAAGGCCACCGAGAUUUGAUUCAAAUGGGGGCAAGUUUCCCAGAGCCUCUCUCUGCAGUAUGGUGGCUCAUACUGCUGCCAUGCCGGACGUGAAGGCCCCUCCGCCAUGUGAUUACCCCUCAGCGGGCUGCUCCCCCGGCCACGGCCCUGCGGGCUACACCUGCACCGCUGGACUCACCAUGGACCUGGAGCCCUGCCUCAGCCUCACCGACCUGCCCCUUCCCCAACCCCUUUCUGGCUUCAGAGGCCACAGCGUACCCCCCUACCCUCCUUACCCAGGCCAGUGCCCCGUCAUGCCCCGGUGUAACAGCAGUGCCCUGUUGACUAAUCUUGGCCUCCGUUACUGCUCCACCAACAGUGUGCAGCACCCACCCAGGGGGCCUGACUCUGGGCUGGGGUUAGGGUCAGGGUUAGGCCUGGAGCCGGACCACGCAGGGCCCUGUGUGAACACUAACCCAGACAGCGGCACUAGACUCUACCGCAGCAUGGAGAACCUGAACUGGAGUAAUUCUGUGUCUGAACCAGGCCUCUACUCUUCCCCCUAUAGCGCCCCCCACAGGGGCAGCAUGGACAGUGAGUUCAUCUUCCGCUGCACUGCCACCAGCCACUGGUACGAUGGGUCCCCGGUGGGGACAGGGCCCCAGGGCUACAGUCCUGAGACCCUUGCCUUCUACCCCAAUGCUCGUCUGAGGGGAGGUCUGGGGGGUCUGGGGAGGAAGGAGCUGCCCCUCUUCCCCCAGUGGCUGUUCCCCGGCGUGGAUGACUGGGGGGUGAAUGCUACCACCACCGCCAGGAAGGGGUUAAGGGAGAAGCUCCGCCUCCAGAGUGCCCGGGCAGCGGCAGAACCCCUAAAGCCUCUUCGACCGCAGAUAACCCGAGGCAGUACCACUCCCAUCCUGGGGGGGUGCUCAGAGAGGCACUCAUCGCCCUACCAGGGGUACGUUGGGAAACCCCUGUGUGUCCGGCGCAUCACCAGCCCUGAGGAAAUCAAGAAAGAGGUUCUGAGACGCCUGCAGCUCCGCCGGCAGAACAGCACCCCGAACCUGGCCCUCCAUGCCUCCCCUGAUACCCCGCAGACCCCAGACAUGACCAAGUCCUACACCACUGAGUCCAUCUCUGUCGCUGGGAGUUGUGCAGAGAUAAUAGCCGAACACAAGAAACCCCCCAUGGGCCGCCUGCACAUCCCCACCUUUGAGGAGUUUAAGAGGAUGAGGCAGAGAGAGGGAGAGGGUGAACAGACAGAGAGCCAGGGUAAUGUCACUACAGUAACAGCUUCAAUAAACCAACAGCCAGAGCCUGGUACUGGCAGUCAGACCCCAGGGAUGGGCAGAGACUGUAAGACUCAGACAGCUCUAUUGGGACAGAGAGACUCUCAGUCUCCCACUGUGGGACUGAAGGAGGAGAGGGAGAGCAAUGAGAGGAUAGGCAGUGGAGAGAUGGAAGAGAUGGGGAGCGGGGAGGGGACAAGCAGUGGAGAGGCCAGGCAGAGUGACAGCUCCCCUGGGGUUCCCCCACCACCACCCUGUCAUCCAGACUUAAGAGCAGAGGAGAGGGUGAUGGUGGUUGCGCCAGCUCCCACAGCCAGUGCUACCAACUCAGCCACUCCCAUCUUUACCGGACCCACUCCCCAUCCAACAACCAGCAUCCAGACCACAGUCUCUACCAUGGCUAUAUGUACCGGCCCUACUCCUCGCUCUCCCCUCCAGCCCUCCAGUCAGACACAGGGGGAGGGGACCAUGGACCAUACCCAGGCCCAAGUCAGCAGGCCCAGUGUGGAGCUCAGUGUGCCGAGGCCCUCCUCAGUCCCCUUCCCUCCUCCACGCAGGGAGAGUGCUGAGGGCCCCUCCAGCUGCUGCCCAGCCCUGCUCCUCGACAGGACUGACCUCUCCAGCUACGGAGCCAAGAUCUACAAGAUGAAGGAUGGCUUUAUCGGAUCAGCCCUGGACCUCAUCAAGAAGAGCUGCAGUGCAGAGAUUGCAGCGGCGGAGGCCCCCGUCAGGCUGUCAGGUGACCAGGACGAAAGCACUGACAUCACCGCUCCCCCACCGGACUGUCACUCCUCUGCUGUUUCCAUGACAACCACGACGGCCUGCGGAGCGGAGUCUUGCGACAAGCCUGAAGCAGGAGGAGCAGGAGGAGAGGAACUAGCUGCAGAAUGUCUUAACUCUGGCCUGGGCUGCAGGCGCUCCAGCUCAGACGCAGCCUAUGAGCCGGCCGAGUCGGUGAGGGCCCAGCGCGAGUGCCGCCUCCGGCCCCACUACAGCGACCCCAUGCCGGCCGAUGCCACCAAGCGCAAACAGCUGGAGAUGAAGAUCGCUGCAGCUGCAUGCCUCCACAGCCAGCGUCGGGACAGGGACAGUGCACCUGCCUCGGUGCGGGUGCGCUCUGAGCCCCGCGGUGAGGAGCGUCUUGGGGUUCUGGGCGUGACAAGGGCUGGGCAUAACCGCUGGAGCACCGUGAGCAGCCUCAGUGCCGACAGCGGCGUGGUGGGCCUGUGUGACGACCGCGACGAUGACGAAGAUACCCGGAGAGUACGCAGCAGCGGAGGGGCAGAGGUAGAACGGGUGGACAGCGGGAUUGGACCCUGCCUGGCCCGCGGCUGGAAGAGACCCUCUAACUCCCUUCGGGCCUGGGAGGCCCAAAGACCCUGCCCAGACUGUGGCCAGAGAGACGGGCAUGGGGUGGCCCGGACGGACGGGGAGGGUACCGGUAUGUGUGAGCGCUGCUCCAAGCUGAGGACAGAGAGGAAGGAAGCCAUCUUGGAGUUCCUGAACACGGAGUCAAGCUACGGGGAGGACCUGAGGAUCAUCAAGGAGGAGUUCUACGGUCCCAUGCAGAGUGCCGGGCUGCUGACCUCAGAACAGCUGACUGUGGUGUUCAGCAACGUUCAGGAGCUCAUAGACGUCAACGAACGCUUCACUGAACAUCUGCAGGACAGCAUUGAUCAGGCCUUUGACCAGGGAGAUGAGGACCUCCUAACAGUGUGCAUUGGAGAGAUUUUCCUGGAGUUUGUCAACAUGCUGCCAGCCUUCCAGACGUACUGCCUGCAGCAGUCCACUUCUGUCAACAUGCUCAACACCUUGGAGAAGGAGAAGGAACUGCUCAGGAUCUUCCUGGAUGUCUCCCAGAAUGACAAUACAGCCCUGCGGCGUAUGAACCUGCGGUCAUUCCUCAUGGCCCCCCUCCAGAGGGUCACCAAGUACCCCCUCCUGCUGAGCCGCAUCAGCAAGGCCACCACAGAGUGCCACCCGGACCACGCCCGCCUCCGAGAGGCCAAGAGCCGCGUGGAGUCACACCUGGAGCACAUCAACAUGAAGACCAAGCAGGAAGGAACACUCACCUGGUCGCUGCGUUCCUUUCGCCGCGACAGCCGCAAGAACCGCGAGGUCAUCAACAUUGAGAUGCGGGAGAUGUCCAUGAAGACGGUGGGCUGGGCCAGGGAGAACACACGCUUCGUCAUGGAGGGGCCCCUGCAGCUCUCCCAGCCAGCAGACGGACAGUGGGUAAAGAAGGGCAGUAAAGGUCUCAAGUUCCAGAACGUCCAGGGCCUGCUGAUGGUGCGUACACAGCGGCCUGGGGAGGGGCUGUCUCCGACAGACGGCGGAGCUAAGGUGGAGCAGCAGGAGCACGGUGUCUGGGAUGGUGUGCUGGUGCUCAUCAAAGACAAGAGCAGCGGCAAGUUCACUGUGCUCAGGGAGCCCAUCCGUCUGGCCAACUGUGUGGUGUCGGCCGACCCUGACUGUGAGGACACCUUUGAGGUGCUGGAUAUACGGAAGGAGGCCUUUGUUUUCAGGGCAUCUGACAAAUCCCGCACGCAGCAGUGGUUCCGGCAGAUCAAGAGGUAUACCCGUGACCUGGGACCGUGGAGGAAGAGGCGUAACGCACUUCCCAAUAUCAUGAUAAACACAAACCAGGGCAGGUCCUGAGACCGAACCCUGAGGAACACCGUUUUACUCUUUGCCUGGAUACCAGUGUAAAUAGAUGUACUACUCCUGCAAGAAGAACUGACCAUGCUUCUGGUGGACCAAUUGUUUCUGAAGUUUUAGGAUGGGGUUUGAUUGAGGCUUAUGAGGUUCCAUGUUAUGGUGAGGAUAACACUUUUUUCUAAGAAAAACUACAAGUGCACCAUAUUGUAACGAAAUGUAUGAAGAUAUACACUGAACAAAAAUAUAAAAGCAACAUGCAACAAUUUCAAAGAUUUUACAGUUCAUAUAAGGAAAUCAGUCAAUUGAAAUAAAUUCAUUAGGCCCAAAUCUAUGGAUUUCACAUGACUGGGAAUACAGAUAUGCAUCUGUUGGUCAAAGAUACCUUUAAAAAAAAGGUAGGGGCGUGGAUCAGAAAACCAGUAUCUG